GCUUUCAAAAUUCAAUCUGACCAGGAAUGGAGUUUGCCCAACUGAUUUGUUCACGAAGCCUUCGCUAGUUACACGACUUAGAACAUAUCGAGUUCUUGGGAAGCCAGAAUCGAUAGGUUUCCCAAGAUGAUUUCGAUAAAUUUUUUUCAUGAGAAAAGUGAUUUUUCUAUUUUAAAAAAAAAUGGUCUUAAACUUUAAGACGAUCCGAUGGAUGUGAUUAAACAAUAGCCAAAGAUACUUUAAUCACUGAUCAGGGGAGAAUUAAACCAGAAAAAAAAGAAGGCUAAUGAGCAUAAGUGAUGGUGAAGGAAAUAGCUAGUUCUAAAGAUCUAAAGUGCCCAAGAGAACAUUACACCUUUGUAAGUUCGAGAAGGAAAGAAUCUGGGUGUUUCUCCUUCAAGGCUAUUAUACAUAGGUCGAACGUGCAAGUGCAAUGUCGCUGUCGGGUGUGUUCGUGUCCUGAACUCGUGAACACGGCCAUGGAAGGAUCAAGGUUCUGCAGAUCAUGGUUCUUCACGAGCUGCGUCCUCUUCCUGUUCGCUUUAGCUGCAGGAAACGAAACCAGCGCCCCGCAAAACAAGAACAACUGCACCUACGCCAUAACCAUCGAAACGACGUGCGCCGACGGAGCCGAGACCUCCGACCACGUGGCCGUCCGGUUCGGGGACACGGGCUCCACCGACAUCGUCGUCCGCCGCCUCGACGCCAAGCGCUUCCGCACCCUCGAUCCCCUGCAGCCCGCCGACCCCCUGGACGACGUGCCGCGGAAGCCGUUCCGAGCCUGCGCGGUGGACGAGUUCCGCGUCGCCGGCGAGUGCGUCGAGUCGCCCGUUUGUUACCUCUACCUGAAGCUCGCCGGGAGCGACGACUGGCGGCCGGGAUUCGCGAAGGUCCAAGUCCUGGAGGGGCCCCAUUUGAGCUCCGAGUAUUUCUACUUCCGUCGAUACUUGCCGCGACGAGUUUGGCACGGUUCUGAUUCCUGCGAGAAGGAGGUCACUCCUUUUGGGAUUAAGAGCAAGAGGAAGGUCUUUGCAACGAAGAGAUUUGUCGUUUGAAAGAAAGGAAUUGUAUACCCAUUGGAUACUUCUUGCUUGUAAAUUAUGUGCAGCUUCUUUUUUCUUUUUUUUCAGCUUGUUAGAGCAAAAAUAAAAUUAUUAUAUUUAACGUA